CCUUUGCGUGGUUUUAUCAACCUUCCUCCCUGGCUUGCUUCACGUAUCUUCACAUUCGACCCCCACCCGGGUCGACUGAACGCCAUGGCGAUGGCCGUGGCAUUGCCCCCGGCGCAUGUGCCGAUUGUGCUGCCCGUGCCGCCCGGCGCGGUGAAGGUGAUGCCACGCUGGGCGGAAGAGGACGAGGUCUCGAAGUGGCGGGUGAAGUACCGGCUAAACAACGAGAAAGCCGCGGAGGAUCCGGACAGUGAGUGGAUCGAGUUGGAGUUGAGGCACUUCACCCGCGAGCUGCCUUUGUCUAACCUGCCCCCAGGCGUGCAUCACUUUCGCGUGGCCAUCGAAACGCCGGAUGGAUGGUCGGACUGGAGUCCACCAGUGGAAUGCGAGCCUCCGCCGCCUCAGGUGCCCUCGAAGUUGGCAUCGCUGCUUUGCGAGGUCCUGGGCGUGGACGCGGUGAAGGUCCGCUGGUCGCCACCCCUGGACACGGCCACGACGGUUGCUGAGCUGCAAGUGCUGCGCUACAAGAUCUUGGUUAGCUGGCUUUCGGAUGACGAACCAAUGACAAGAGAGAUUUUGGUGGAGGAGGCCACCGACUUCUACGUGGUCACCGGUCUAGUGAGUCUCACUGACUACACUUUUCAGAUCUCGGCAGAGAAUUGUGCAGGCUGGAGCGAAUGGUCGGAGCCCAGCACGAAGCAGACGGAGCCGCCGGUGCCGAAGACCUUGAACCAGCCCACGCUGCGCCGCUCCACGCAUCACUCCGCAGUCAUUCAGUGGCAACAUCCGCCUUUCACUGACGUGCCGGUGGAUUCCUUCUCCUUCCGACACACCACGUCAGCGGAUUGGAGCGGAGAGGUGGUAGAGAUCACCGAUGUGUCGCCCAGCCUCUCGCAGUACGUCAUCACCGGCCUCCGGCCUGGGCAGGUCUACAUUUUUCAGGUUCGGGCUGUGAAUCGCUAUGGGAAGGGUAUUUGGAGCGAGGGCAGCAUCCCGAUCCGCACUACUGAUGGGAGCAUCCCUGCCAAGAUCGAGACCCUGAAGGCUUCGGAUAUCUACCAAUCCUUCAUCCGAUUGAAGUGGGCCCCCGUGGACGAGAAUGGCUACCCGAUCACUGGAUACCUGCUGCGCUACGCACACGAGGAGGACAUGGCAGAAGCCACUGAAGCAGUGCCCAGAGUUGUCAGGGACAAUGGCUUUGACAGCUGCGACAUCCGACACUUGCGGAAGUUGAAGUACUACUUCCAGGCGGCCGCCAUCAAUCAGCUGGGCAUCGCGGAGUGGAGCAAUGCGGUGAUGGUGGACAUGAGCAAGUGAUCGGGUCGUGUGAUCGGGUCGCAGGAGUUGGGUUGAAGGUUCAAGUUGGGCUCCUCAAAUGAGGAGUUGCCAGGCUUCUAGAGUGCGUUGCUGGAGGUGGAAAAGGUAGAAGAGGUUUUUGUACGAAUCACGAAAGCUAGCACCAGCUAGCUGGAGUUGUUCUUGCUUUAGCAAGUGAGGGGGUGGAAUCCUCGAGAGCGCCGCAUCGCAUGAAACCUUCAUGCGUAUGGGGGCCCCCCCUCACGGGUUCAACUCCUCCCUGGGAUGUCUCUGGGACGUGUGCAUUUGCAUGCUCACCCCCGCCCUGCUAGCUUUCGUCACCAACCCUCGGCCUCAAGUAUAUAAGUCUAGACUUUAGAACAAAGAUCCAGGUGCCGCUCCCUGAUAUGAACAUUGAACUGUGGAUGCGGCUUGACCUUUGGUCAUAUGGGAC